AGAGUUUCACUUUAUGGCCCUACGUAGAGUGCCAUGGCAUCACACAAAUCACAGCAACCUCCAACUCCUGGGCUUAAGCGAUUCUCCUGCUUCAGCCUCCCGAGUAACUGGGACUGCAGGCGCCCGCCACAACACCCGGCUAUUUUUUUGUUGCAGUUUGGCCGGGGCCGGGUUUGAACCCGCCACCCUCGGUAUAUGGGGCCGGCGCCUUACCGACUGAGCCACAGGUGCCGCCCCAUUUUUUUUUUCUUUUUUUUUUUGACACAGAGUCUCAGUUUGUCGCCCUCGGUAGAGUGCUGUGUCGUCAUAGCUCGCAGCAACCUCGAACUCUUGGGCUCAAGCGAUUCUCUUGCCUCAGCCUCCCGAGUAGCUGGGGCGCCGGCCACAACACCUAGCUCAGAUUGCGUUUCUUUCUCUCUAAAUUUAAAUCAGCUCAGGACGCCCGCAUCCCACACACAAACUCCGCCCGAGUCUCUUGCACCUUCGCCCUUUCGCCUCCAGAGCCGUCGUCAUGACAACCGCGUCCAAGCAUCUUUGGGGCGGGUUGAGGAGCCGGGUCUCGCGCUUCCAUUGGUCAAAAGUUUGUGGUGGGCGGUUUCUGAUCACUCUCAUUGGUCAGUUGAUGCCGGAGUGGCAAGUCCGGAUGCUCCCAUUGGCCGAAUGAUGGGACACCGGACUGUCGCUCUGAGCAGCAGUUGCUCAGGGGCUCCGGACAGAAGCGCGGCGCAGAGCAAGGAGAGGAGCAUCCCGGGAUAUUUCGUAGGAUAAAGAGAGAUGACCACACCGGCAGGCUCUGGCACAGGCUUCGGCUCGGUGUCCUGGUGGGGACUGUCCCCAGCCCUGGACCUGCAGGCUGAAAGUCCUCCUGUGGACCCGAACUCAAAGGCAGAUACAGAGCACAGGAUCCCCGAGCUAGAUGUCCUGCUGCUGGGCUCCGUGGACGGGCGGCACCUGUUGCAAACUCUGGCUGGGGCAGCGCUCUGGCCUCGCAGGAGGUUCAAUUUUUAUGUGCUGGAGAAUAAUCUGGAAGCUGUGGCCAGACACAUGCUGAUCUUCAGCUUAGCCCUGGAAGAGCCUGAGAAGAUGGGGCUGCAAGAGAAGACCGAGACCUUCUUGGAAGUAUGGGGGAACGCGCUACUGCGCCCCACCAUGGCCGCCUUUGUGCGCGCCCAGGCUGACCUCCUGGCACACCUGGUCCCCGAGCCCGACCUCAUGGCGCGGCAGCUGCCUUGGCUCAGCCUUAGCGCCCUCAAGUUCCGAGAGCGAGACGCCCUGGAGGCGGUGUUCCGUUUCUGGGCUGGAGAGGAGAGGGGACGCGAGGCCUUCCCUAUGAGCCGCCUCUGGGACUCGCGUCUUCGCCACUACUUGGGUUCCCGCUACGACGCCCGGCGCGGUGUCAGCGACUGGGACCUGCGCAUGAAGCUGCACGACCGCGGGGCCCAGGUCAUUCACAUCCAUGAAUUUCGACGCUGGCGGGACACAGGUGUCGCCUUUGAACUCAGAGAUUCCAGCGCCUACCACGUGCCCAACCGGACCCUGGCAUCCGGUCGCCUCCUUAGUCACCGGGGCGAGCGUGUGGCAGCGCGAGGGUACUGGGGGGACAUCGCCACUGGGCCCUUCGUGGCCUUCGGCAUCAAAACGCGCGACAAAAGCCUCCUGCGGACCAGCAACGGACAACCGGUCAAGACCGCGGGCGAGAUCACACAGUACAAUGUGACAGAACUGUUCCGGGAGUUAGCCGCCCGAUGGCACCCGAGAGCCACCCAGGGGGACCCAGAGCAAAAGCAGCAGUCUGUAAGCCCGGAGCAGGAGACCUCAGGUAAAGCAAGCCUGCAACUUCGGGCUCCAGCACUUGGCUGGGAAUCCUUCACGCUCCACUUCCUGCCCCUUGAUUCUGCCCAGACCCUGCAUCACAGGAACUGCUACAAGGGCCGGUUCCAGCUUCUCUAUGUGGCCUGUGGGAUGGUCCAUCUUCUCAGCCCUGAGCUUGGGGCCUGUGUGGCCCCUGGGGGAAACCUGACUGUGGAAUUAGCUCGGUACCUGGUGGACCUGCGUCAGGACCAGCUGCAGCAGUUCUCCACUCGUGUUGAGGAGCUAGCUCAGACAGCUGGAUUUGCCCCUCAGACAGGAGCCAAACCUUCUGAGACCUUCGCUCGCUUCUGCAAGUCUGGCAGCGUUAGCCAAGCCUUAGAAUCCAAAACUCCACUCCCUGAAGUCCUGGCCCCACCUUUGGAAGCUAUGAGCCCGUCCCUCGGGGACCUGACCCCACCUCUAGAAGGCUGGGCCCCAUCCUCUGUGCCCCCCCAGCCCUCAGAAUCUCAGGGUUCACUCAGGGAGGUUCUGGCUCCACCCCCGGAAGUUUUGGUCACACCCAACAGUGAGUCAGACUCCAAAACCUGGGAGUCUGAAGUGACCCCCAGAGAGUAAA